UUUGCUCUCCUCCUGAAACACAAAGAACAAAUACAAAACCGACCACCAUCGUUCCGCCACGGUUGCGUAUAUAUUCUUCCAUCCACUCACCCCUCAUCCAACUACAUUCGUCCAUCCACUCAUCUCUGAUCAAACAUUUCAUCUGUGAGAUCAAGCAGACAGCCAGAGACGAGGUGGAGCAAUGGCCGAGUCUGCCAUUAGUGGCGUGCUUGGCAACGUGAGCACCCUUGCGCUUCAGGAGACCACGCUGCUGUGUUGCGCAAGCAGUGAGGUGGAGUUCCUGAAACAUGAGCUGAAGCGGCUGCAAGGCUUCCUUAGAGACGCCGACAACAAACAGAGGCGGGGAGAUGAAGGUUCCGCUAUCUUGGUCAGCCAGAUCAAGGAUGCGGCGUACGAGGCCGAUAAUGUCAUCGAGGCCGCAGAGUACAUGCGCAAGAGAAACAGGCUCAAGAAGGGAUUCAUGGGCGCCAUUGCAAGGUAUGGUUGCCUGCCAAGUGAUUUGACUACCCUUCACAAAGUUGGUGUUGAAAUAAAAAGUAUAAGAAGGAACAUAUCUGAGAUAUUUGAGUAUGCAAACCGUUUGAAAAUAGUUGAUGAUUUGGGUCAUACUUGCAUAGAAAAGGUUGAUAUUGAUGAUGAGUUGCCUCAAGAUUAUGGUCCUAUUCACCAAAAUUUUGAAGAUGUUGUUAUGGUUGGUUUCAAGAAUGAAUACAAAGAAAUAGUGGGGAAGUUAGUUGACACAGAGAAGAGUCUUAGUGCCAUCUCCAUAGUUGCUAUGGGUGGUGCGGGGAAAACAACACUUGCUAGAAAAGUCUACACUUCGCCUGGAGUGAAACGACAUUUUGAGGCAGUUUGUUGGGUGACUGUAUCUCAAAAGUUUAAAGGCAUUGAGUUACUAAAUGAUAUUAUGAAACAAAUAACCGGGAGUACACAUAGGCCAGAAGAUCAAAUGCAAGAGCAUGAGGUGGGAAAGAAGAUCCAUGAUUUUCUGUUGCAAAAGAGAUACUUAGUAGUUCUCGAUGAUGUGUGGGAAACAGAUACAUGGGAGCAAUUAAACAGAAAGGUUAAAGCAUUUCCAGAUGCAACUAAUGGUAGUAGAGUACUGUUAACCACACGAAAGGAAGAUGUUGCAAAUCAUGUUCCAAUGCCAACCAAUGUUCAUCCUUUGAAGAAGUUAGAUGAAGAGAAAAGCUGGGAACUUUUCAGUAGCAAAGCUUUACCAUCAUACAAAAGGUCUGCAAUACGAAAUGUGGAUGAGUUUGAAGAACUUGGGAGAGAUCUUACAAAGAAAUGUGAUGGAUUACCACUUGCACUUGCAGUUUUGGGGGGUUAUCUAUCAAAAAAUCUGAAUGCACAAAUAUGGUCCGAUAUACUCUCUGAUUGGCCAUCAACCAAGAAUGGACAGAUGAUGCGGGACAUACUGGCUCGCAGUUACAAGGACCUGCCAAAUCAUUAUUUAAGAGCUUGUUUUCUCUAUCUUGCUGCUUUUCCCGAGGAUUAUGAAAUAUAUGUGGCGUAUCUUAUUGAAUUGUGGAUAGCAGAAAGUUUCAUUCCACAUACACCAAACCAUACACUAGAAGAAACAGCACAGAGAUAUGUAACCGAGUUGGCUCAGAGAAGCUUGGUCCAAGUUGUUGACAGAAGUAGGGCACAUGGAUGGAUAGAGAGAAUAAGAAUUCACGAUAUCUUACACGACUGGUGCAUAGAAGAGGCAAGACAAGAUGGUUUUCUUGAUGCCAUGGACAAAACUGCAGGUCAGGUUUCGUCUCUUAAUGGUUCGUCUGAUAACUUGAUGUCUUAUCGUUUUAGUUUUCAAACUUUGAGUGAUCAGAUUUUACAUGCAACGCCUAAUGUCCGAAGUCUGCUUGGCUUUAAACUUAAAUCAGUGUCCCUUCCUAAGCUGAGAUUCCUGAGAGUUCUUUGCAUUGAAGAUUCAACACUAAAAAAUUUCUCCAGUGUAAUUGGUCGAUGCAUUCACAUAAGAUUGCUUAGGUUGAGAAAUUGUGAAGGUGUGGUGCUCCCUUCUUCAAUUGGCAAACUCCUUUACUUGCAGACUAUAGAUCUCAGAAACACAAUUUUGUUGUCAGUAGUACCAAACUCUCUCUGGGAUAUCCCUACUCUAAGGCAUGUUUACUUUCACUGUGGGAUAAAAUUUUCUCCACCACCACCUGCAAGGAGUGUGCGACUGCAGCCGAAAGAGCUACAGUGCUCUGUGUUGGACUUGGAACUUGAAACUGUUGGCACCGAUUUCCGCUGGCAUGACAUGAUGAUUUUCUUGGGCCAGCUGAAUCAACUAACAACCUUCUCCUUGUCGAUGGACGGCGAUAAUAUACCAGCGGAGGUGCUUAACAUAUUUGCAAACAUGCCUCACUUGGUUGAUAUUUAUCUCUUCAAAUUUGAUGUGCUCGAUAAGCUGCCUGCUGAGUUCCCACAAAGCGUACGUUGUCUUGUUCUAUUUGCUGAUGUCGUAAAACAAGACCCAAUAUUGAUCCUGGAGAAACUACCCCAUCUGGUGGUGUUGGAGUUGAGUGGGUACCAAGGCCAAACCAUGUGCAGCUCUGCCCAAGGGUUUCCUCGUCUGCAAGAGUUAGCACUUCAUAGUUUUUCCACCAAGGAGUGGAGGAUGGAGGAAGGGGCAAUGCCAAAGCUCUCCCACCUGUCACUUUGGUUGUGCAAGAAGAUGAGCAAGCUCCCUGAUGGGUUGCUGCACCUUCCGUCCCUCGGUCACCUGAAGCUGAGCUAUAUGCCCCAGAUUUCUGAAGAUGACAUCACACGAAAGGAGCUGCAGCAGAAAGGAUGCGAGGUGGAAAGUGAAAACUAGGGGGUGAUUGCAGAACUGUGGGGGCGCGAGGAAUUCAUCUACAUUCUCGUCUAAAAUCUGGCGCCCUCCCGAGUCAUUCUCGAACCCAUCCUGAUAUCCCUCCUUCUCCUCCCUCCCUUGAAGGAGAUCGAUACCACAACCUCUGUCCUCCAAUGGCCCCUCGCUCCUCCUGCUUCUCCGUCUCGAAUCUACAUCCGCCCUCCCGAUGCCAAUGUCGCCGCCUCCUCGUCCUCCGAUGCCGUCCGCCGUGUACAAGGUGGAGCUGAGGUGGUCUAGGAGAGGCCGCUGCCCAUCGCGAACCUUCAUCCCCGGUGCCAAGGUCGCUCCUCUCCACCACCGGCCGCCUGCACCUCCCCCAAACUCCAAGCCUCUUUCCCUGGCGGCAGAGAGAGAUGGUGCUAAUCCUCCAACAUGUCUGUCACAUUUAUUUUUCUUUCGUGUACAAAAGCGUCAGUUCAUUUUAAGUGAA